AUGUUCGUGUUGGGCCUUUUCUCCCUGGUGCUCGGAGUUGCAAUAGGUAGGUCGAUGGCGCAACGCGUGACGUCAUCAGCAGAACGAGCGUUGCGGAUCGUUGAGAAGUCUUCAAGGGUACGAAUACAGGAUCUCCGCGACAACGUAGGGGCAAGAACAAGUGGUCGGCAAGUGACGAAACGCGCCAAUCAAGCAAGUUUUGGUGCUGAUGACUUCGCUCACAAAAUUGACAUCGAGGUACAGUAUGCGUCGCAAACGGCUAUUUCAGCAGUUGAGAAGGCCGGUGGACGGAUACGAGUGGCAUAUUAUGACCCGGACUCUCUUCAGGCUGCUGUUGAUCCUAAAGCAUGGUUCAUGUCUGGACAUCCUGUGCCGGCGCGGAAAGCACCACCUCCAUCAUUGUUGGAGUAUUACCGCGAUCCAUCGAACCGAGGCUAUUUGGCCGAAACAGCAGAGUUAGUUGAUGCUAGAAAACGGCUCGCGCUUGUCAUGGGAUACGAUAUACCAGAUAGUGAGAUCUCCAUAGGAGAAAAAGGACCCACACAAGUUUUCCAUGGAAUUCCACCUGGAGCGGUGGUAUCUCUGGCUGAUAGGAAAGUAUUUCUACCAACCCAUCCUGUAGUAAAAGAUUAUUAUCAGAAAAGUUUUGUAGCUGAUAAACAAUUUCCCUAG